UGAGUUUAACAGUAAAGUAAAGUUAGUAAGCCUUUUAAAAAGUACUUUAAACAAUGUUUGUUGCAGUGCAAUGUGCAGUCACUGUAUGAGUGGUUGUUACUUAACUUCUCUACCAAAUAAGUUUACUGCUUAACUCUAUUCUUCUUCUGGAUUAGUUUACUGUUUACUCAGUCAGGGAAUGGGCAUGAUGAUGGUGAAUGACACUGAAUGCCUGGUAAUAGGUAAUAAGAUGUUAAUAAUGUUAUUGUUGCCAGCUCAAAAAAAAAAAAAUAUGAAAAAAAUAUUCUUCGUCUUAAUCAUUUGAAUUAUAGGUUACUUAAAGUUUAUACUUAUUUCCCUGGUACCUGCCUAUAUCUGGUGGACUUUCCCCUAUGACCUAUGGCAUAGGCUAUGCUAUCCUGCACCUGGGGAGUUGCUUCAAUGGAAGAUCAGUACCGGCACCGGUAUCUAUUCAUUUGUAUGAGAACCUAAGACCCUCAAUUUGAAUAUUAUUUUAACCACAUAGAAUCUAAGGGGUUAAUAUUUAAAAUCUGAGAUAAAAUUAUACAUUUUUGCAAAUUAGGUUCCCAAUAUGGCAGCAGUGUUACUAAAAAUAACAGUUUGAUAACACAUUAAUUGUUUCUGAAUUUUUGGCAAUAAUGUUCAUUGUUGGCACAGGGAGAGGUGGUAUUAGAAGUGUUGGAAUUUAAUAAUUAUUUUACUUUUUUUGUGAAUUAAAAAAAAUUGAGUAAUCCUAAAAACACAAUAAAUUGUGUUAAUUAUUUAAAUAAUUAUUAAAUUAUCUUUGUUUUAUUGAAUGUAUGUACAGUGAAACCUCACCAUAAUGGGAUAAUAUGGAUAUAAAAUUGAGUAGCACUAAUGCAAUUUAAUCUGAAAGCACCAACAAAAAUUUGCCUUCUGUGUAAAGCAUUUAUACUACUAAAGGACCUUCAUAAUAGGGUUAGGAAUAUCCAUAGAAAACUUCAGGCCAAACAAUUGUUAAAAAUGUGUUUUGAAAUUAAAUUAUAUAGGCUAAAAUGAAGUUUAGUAGAAAAGUGUUUUAUUACUUACUAAAUGUUUAUAGUUAUUUAUUACUUAAUAAAUUAUCCAUUUUGUAAAUAUAUCCUAUCUUCUUUACAUAACUAUGCCAUCUACUUCUAUAAAAAAAUUAUUUUAAUAAUGAUAAUGAGCAGUUCUAAAUGGCCAUAAAGAAAUCCAAAGAAUUUUUACAAAAUAUUGUUCGCUCUCCUUCUUUUGUGUCUGUAAAGCUUGGAAAUAUUAAAAAUAAAAUAAUUAUAAAAAUGUUUGAAGUUAUAGUAUAGUUUUUUCUUUUUGUUCAACAUGUAUAGAUCUAAUGUUGUUAGCCAAACUUUUUUUUUUUUUAACAAAGAAUAUUUGUGCAAGUAAAACCAGGUAAAUUUAAAUUGCUCACGAAUUAAAUCGGGAAUGAUGCAAACUAAAUUCAGGUAUGCUCCAAAAUCCACCCUUGCAUUUUGAAUGUAAUAAAAAAAUUGAGGGGGGGGGGGGGGCUCAUCUCCAGGUUCGUUCAGGAGCUUUCUACUAUAACUUUUAUUUCUGCUCCUUCCACACCCAAAAAGACAGUACUGAUACCUUUUAAAAAGAAAAAAAAAAAAAAAAAAAUCAAAUAAUAAAAAAAAAACCACUUUUAAUUUUUAAAUUAAAAAAAAUCUUGGGGGGGGGGGGGGGGCUCAUCUCCAGGUUCGUUCAGGAGCUUUCUACUAUAACUUUUAUUUCUGCUCCUUCCACAACCAAAAAGACAGUACUGAUACCUUUUUAUCUACAAAAAAAGCACUGGAUGUUAAUUUAAUUAUUAAAAUGAUUUUCUACCAGCUUCCAAAAUAUGAUUCCUUUAGCCUUUAGUUUGUUAAAUUAGAUAUUUUGACUAUGUACAUCCCAUGGAUGAAACUAAGCUUGGUCCAAAGCUAUUACCUUGAAGGGCACCACAACUGGAAUGAAUUGAUGUUAUUGUAUAGCAGGGGCAGUGCCAAUGAUAUUGUCUGAAAGAAACACUGGUCAUAAUGAAUGGGCCAACAUGGGUCCCUACAGCUUUUCCUAACAUUACUCGAAUAGGUUAUAGAGGAAUAGUGGGCCUCUGUGCAUUUACUUUGCUGUUAAGAUGGCCCUGGCUCUACCUUAAGGUAACAUUUUUACGGACUGUCUGUAAAUUUACUCAUGGUAGGCAACCCUGGUGGAGAGGUUUUUAUAAUUAAUUAAAUCAAUUAUUCAUAAUAUUAUGAUGAGGUCCUAGAGCACCUAGGAGAGGUUGGAGUAGGGUGAGGGGAAAGAGAAAGGAUACAAAAGGCUGAAAAGUAAGUUAAAGGUAAUGAUGCCAUCAGUAGAGGGGAGUAGUGAGGUGGAAGAGUGUAGGUACAGCAGUCAGCAUCACAAAGAGAAAAAGUUUAAACUAAGAUUAGAUAUAAGUACAUGUGGUUAUUAAUAAUAUUAUGAAUCAAAUUUUUAAUGAAUGUUCUUAGAAAAUUUAAUCAUGUACAAAACUUCUAUAACACAUUUUAAAAAAUUAAUGACUUAUAAUAUCUAAUUAUUUAUACUUUGAAGUUGGUAGAAUGUAUCCAAGUCUUUGGUGGUGUAAGUUUAAAUUAUGUUAUAAAACGUAAUUAUUGUAAUUUAAAAUUUAAGGAUUUUCUUUGAAAAAUCAUAAAUUUAUUUAUUUUAAAUACCAGUAGUCUGAGAGUUUCCUGGUACUUGCUAUUAGUAGCAACAUUAUAUUUUCUUAUAGGAGAAAUAAAGUUACAUAUCAAAUUAUCAGCUUUAUUAGCAUAAUCGAUUUUCAUUACAUCAACAGAUAUAUCACGAUGUACUCCAAUAAACAAGAUGAAGAUGAUGAUUCAAAAUCGAACUUUAGCCUCCGUUCUGGCACAGAUUUGUUUGUCUCCCGAAGCAAAGAUGUGUUUGCUAGCUUAGGAGCCUUAGAAGAUAAACACUCUGCCUUUCUCAAAUCUAAAGUUUUGAGUCUAGAUCAGGCAGAGAUCAUGAAAGCUGAUCCUGAAGAUGAUGAUGAAUUAGAAAAACAGGCUAAAGAAAGGGAAAGAAGUAAUAGACCUAGGCAUAGACUAAGUGAGACAAAGAACUCAGAUUUCGUGUCUCGAAAUCAUAGUAGAUCCCUAGAGAGAAGUGACAUUGGUAAUGGAGAAGAUAGUUGUGUAGAAAAGGAUAACAUAUUUAGACGUCCCUACCGACCUCAAAGAAAAGGCUGUCAACCUAUUCCAGAUUUCAAGAAACAUCCAGAAAAAUACACCUGUUACUCCCUUGCUGAUAUCUCAGAGAAAGAUAUGUCUGAAAAAUCCAAUACAAUGACCGCCUUGGCCUUCUUAGAGGAGCGCAAGCAGCAGAGCCAAAAGGAAAUAAAUUCUCUCCGAUUACUUGAGGAAGAUCCUAAAUUUGAUGUCGGUAAUGCCGCCUGUUCACAGGGCAAAAUAACAUUUUCUAAGCCCAAACUAAUAAAAAAUCAUUCUAAUUCUAAUCAGCUAGUAAACACAAAUAGUUGUGAUGCAACCACACUCAAAGUUUCAUCUGAAACAACAGAUGAAGAUGUGGAUUCUGAGUCAGGAAAUGUUAAUAGAGAAAGUGAAACAGAACAGGUAGCCAGCACUUUUAAGUCUAGAAAAAAUGUCAGAAGGCACAUUAGAGCUAAAGAGGAUGGUGAGGAGUCAGAGUGAAGGAGGCACAUUAGAGCUAAAGAGGAUGGCGAGGACUCAGAAUGAUGGUUGAACUUGUGUACUAAAAAUAAUCUAGGGAUACUGUAAAAUGGAUUUAAAAAGUUACUGAAAUAAACAUGUGUGUGCAUGUUAACUACUAUUGAUGUAUAUAGCGUAAUGAUAUAAACCUUUCAGAAGAUCAUGUAGCCUGAGAUUGUGAACAAAAGAAGAUUAAGCUCCCAGAUAUCUAAACUGAUAUUUCACUGAUAUAUAUUUGUUAACUCUUCCAUAGCUGUUUUUGAUGAUGGGCAGGGGAGAUUACAUUUGAAGAAUGAUGAAAAACGCAAGACUGGUAUGUUAAAAAGUCUGAGUAGCGUCAUAAGAUAAGAUAAGAUUCUUUUAUUGAUCCAAAUAAAUGGAAAUGUUUUUUGAUUGCAUUAUAAAUUUUCAGCACAUAAAUAAAACAAUUCGAAGACAAGACAUUUAUGAUAAAUUAUCUCAAACAGCCAUUCAGUGAGUUCUCUUAGCUAAAUCGGAUACUUAUUAGUUCUCAUGAAGUGUGUGAUUUCAGAAGGAGCAUGCCGGUAAAUUCGUACAGAUUGGGGAACAAAAGAAUUUUUAUAUACCGAGUAUUUCAGUCCUCGCCGUGAUGGAAAGAAUUCAUCCCGAACGGCCUGAUCCUAAGUAUUUGUGAUAAAGAGGGUGGGAUGUACCUGGGGUAUCAUCCAAAAUGUGUUGAGUUUUACAAAAACAUCUUUCUUCAAAUAGUUCUUCAAGUGAAGGAUGUUUAGUUUGUGUUAUGUUCCUAGCUUUCUUGAUUAGUCGGUUUAUGCAGUGUUUAAUAUCAGACAGUGAAUUCCCACACCAGCAGGUCAUACUGAAAUUAAGGAGGCUUCCAAUUGUUGCACUGUAGAAUAAGUUAAUGAAUCGUUUACGCUGAAAUUGUACAGUUUUUUGAGGUAGAACAGUCUUUGGUUGGAUAUCUUAUACAGCAUUUAGCUGUGCUCAUGCCAUGUUAGCUUAUUAUUAAUGGUGACGCCUAAGUACUUGUAUGUCUCCACUUUCUCUACACUUUGAUUUUUUAUGUUGAGAUCUGUAAUCUGGUGUUCCCCACCCACUCUGGAAAUCAACAACCAUUUCCUUUGUUUUUGAGAUAUGCUGGAGAAAAUUUUCAUCGCACCAAUCGAUAAAGCUUGUAACUAAAUUGUGGUAUGGGCCUUCUCCUUCAGAUAUUAAGCCAACAAUGGUGGUAUCAUCAGCAAAUUUUAAGAUUGGAACGGUGUCGCUUGAGCUCUGAAUAUCAGUGGUAUAUAUUGUAUACAGUACAGGAGAGAGAACGCAGCCUUGUGGUGCCCCUGGGCUUAUUUCUCUGGUUAGAGAUGAUUGGUUAUUUACUUCGACAUAUUGUGGUCAUGUGAAUUAAAACAAAUUAAAAUUACUUAAAAUUAAAAUAAUGUCUCCAACUCCAUGCAGAGGGACACUACUUGUGUCUAUAUCAGUACAAAUGAUUGAGAAUGCUUUGUAAAUUGUACUACAUAUGGCUCAAUAAAAGUUUCUGGUUUCUGUAGUCUUACCUGACCAGUUUUAUCAAAGCUUGUAAUUAAAUCAGGCAACAGUGUUGUUCUAGAACUUUUUUUGUUGUAAGGUUAUAUUUAUCUUUUACAGAAAUGUAGAGCUAGUUAAUGUCUCUUACAAAGAUAUCUGAUACUUAUUAUAAUGGCACUAAUGAAUUUUAACUGUUGAAAUAACAGCACUGGGACACACAUUUCACUGCUGCAUGGAACUGAAGAUAUUUCUACAAAACAUGCAAUGAUUAAAAUAAAUAUUUUUUAAAUAUAAAUUGAUAAUGUGAGUAGGCCUAUUAUUAUAAUUAUUUUUCUAAUGGAAAAUUGCAUUUGUUGUUUUUACAUUCAACUUCAACCCCAAAUUAUGUGUUGCCCUGAACUCAGUAAGCUUUUACUUUAUUAUCAUUAAAAGAUUGAGUUAUGAUAUCUUACUGUUGACAUUUUUACUAUAUUUUGUAGUACCAGUAGGAUCCAAACUAAUAGUAACACCAAUCUGUGUUAAAAAUAUUAACAUUGAAUAAAACUGUUAAAAUU